CGCACUACUCGUCUCGUCUACUCCUCCCCCAUCUCUCUCUACCUCGCCGGUGGCACACGGCGAGCCCUUCUCCUCCGCGCCGCCUCGCCUCGCCUCCGCGCGCGCUCUCGCCGCCGGCGAACCGGCCCGGGAGGCACGGUGCGGACUGCCUCGUCCUCUUACCUGAACCCUGCCCUGCUCUUAUCCCCCUUGGUGCGGCGCAAGGACGGCGAUCAAUCGAUCAUCUCGGUUCGAAUCGGAUUGCAGGUAUUCAAUCUCAUAUCCUCCGCGGAUCGCUUGAUGAGGCGUCGUGGAUUAGGGGGAGAAAAAUUGUGAAUACACUUUUGCUGGUAUUCUCAUCGUUCCUAGGUUCAGCUACAAAAGGUUGAAGCAAAGUACCAAAGAUGACAUCUGAAGAGAAUAAAGCUGUUACACCUAAUGAACCCAUAGAGGCAUCAAGCUCUGGUUCUAAGCGUAAGCGUGGUCGUCCACGGAAGUCUGAGUAUGGCAUGCAUGAAAAACCAUAUAGUGUACAGCCCAUUCAGAGCGUCCCACCUCUUCACAGCACAGAAGAUAGCUCAAAUAUCCAACAGGAUGGGAUACAGAUCAAUCAUAAAUCAGGUGGUAGUGUUGGUCCGUCUGCCAAUCUGGUUAAGACUUCUCUCAGCCAAGCCUCCACUUAUACUAGUGCUUCCUUGCAAAGUAAUUCAGUCAAAGAUGGUAUUGUUGGCAAGUAUUUUGUUGGUAAGAUGUCCAACAAAGUUCCUGGGUUUUCUCUCAUUACGGUGAAAGUGAAGGACAAUCUGGUCCUCAAAGGUUGGAUUCCAGAUGAAAGUGACCUCCGCCCAAUAACACCAAAGGAUGACCUCGCCCCAGAUCUUCCCAUGCUUCGGCCAAGUCAAGUUCGAAAGAGGCCAUCUACUAUUUACAAGCAAGCUGCUGGUCCAAUUCCAGUCCCCUUGGAGGAUGUUACAUUUGCAAAGCCUCUACAGAUGAGGAAGCCUGUUGAGAAAUCUGUCGCUAAGUGAGAGAACCUGAACUUCUGUAGAAAUUCUGAAGUCUGGAGAAGUUCAAAGAAGGCAAAGGCUAGUUUAGAUUAAGGGAACAGAACCUGCGGUUGUGAUUUCUCUGUACUGCUCCAUAUGGCAUUGGACGGUUGGAAUUGAUUGAUGUAAUCACUGUUGCUGUAAUCUCUUUUCUUAAAUACUGAGGUGUCAGCAUUUAUGUCUGAGGCUUUGACGAAUCGGUUGCCGGAUCUGAAGCUGGAUGCACUAGUUGCAUUUACAAGUGUGUAUGGCACCUUGUAGAAGCUUUGUAGAACUGUACUUAAAGUAAACUCCAUAUUUUGUGAACUAUGAUGUUCAGUGUUCGCUCCA